CAAGACAGAAUCGUUUGUGGCAUAGGCUACGGAUAUAAACACUAAAGCCCAAGAGGAGUGGCAGUAACGGAGUAGACUUGAGUUCCUUAUCAUCUUUGCUGCCGACACUUAAAACUGGACGUCUUCUACGCUCCUCAGCUGCCUAAAGAGUGAAGCCUGUCCACCACCACCACUGACCUGACCAAGCCUCUCCACCACUGACCUGUCCAAGCCUGUCCACCACUGACCUGACCAAGCCUGUCCACCAGUGACCUGACCACGCGAGUUGUUUCCGUGUGUGUGUCAACCAGAGGAUCAAACUGAAUAAGAUGAAUUUUCCUUGUCACGAUAACCAACACCUCACCUUAUCCAGCCACCUGAAAACCGAGUUCAAACAAGAACCACUUCAGAUCAAACAAGAACCACUUCAGAUCAAACAAGAACCACUUCAGGGCGGUCCUGUGACAAUGUCGCUCCCUUCACCCGGUGCCUCUCCCCAAACUAUUUACACUUCUCCCGCCGCUACUAUGAUUAAUGGUGAGUGGCCGGUAUCACAGCCUCCUGUUGCCGCUACCGCCCCGGCGCCAUUAGUACCAAUGCUCGUGUGCCUGAAUCCCCAGUCACCAGAGAACAGCCAGUACACCACCAUGAGGCUGAACCAGGCCGCUCUUGCCUCCUUCCUUCAAGCGAGUCCAGGAAGCUCACGUACCGUCCUACUGCGUAACGCUAAUGAUGCUUCCACCACCAUACCUACUGUAGUGACUCACAUAACGACGACCCAGCUGCUACAAGAGAGGGAUCAGCUGCUCCAGGAGAACAAAGACCUACAGCACAAAGUCACUCAGUUCCAGAAACUCUUUAAAAACAAGAAGAAGUUGACCUCUGUCUUGAGGUCGCUGGGUAUUAGAGCACAGUGAUGUCCCGGCCUAAAUCACCUCUCACACUCCACCCGAGGGACUCCAAAAUAAAGCCUGUCUUUGUGUUAUUGUCUCUUAAUGAGGUGUAUUAAUAUCUUGGUGCUAUUGUCUCAAAGAUAAAGUAAUCUGUCUUCAAAUAUAAAAUAAAUAAAUAAUGAAAGAAGUUGACAUAUACGUUGAAUAAUUUACAAUAAUGACACCUUUAUUCAGUAACAUACACUAAUGACAUAAUGAAUUUUUGUUUAUUAAUACAUAAGUAAAGUAUACACACUACCCGUAUAUACAAGGUAGUGAACUAAUACACACUAUCAUGGCAAUGUUCGUCACUGAAUAAGACACUAAUAAUCUUUUAUUGUUUAACCUAUGUAAUACAGUAGCUACUUAGUGUAUUUCGUGUGUCAUUCAUAAUAGACAACUGCUUCACAUAUCUACCUAAAAUAUACAUGUAUACCUCUGAAGAUGUCUUGAAUAAAGACGAAAGCUAAGGUG